UCAUCAAGGUGCGCAACGGCCGCUGUAAACUUUCAACAACAUGGCGGAACCCAGAAAGUGUUUGUUCCAAGCUCUCGCUCUCAUCGCGUUUCUCUGCCACCUCUCAGAUGGACAAAUACCUGGAGUGAACCAGCAAGACCAACAGGGCCUGCUGGGCCAGGUGGGCCCUCAAGCUCAAACGGAUUGGCCAGGUCAACAGGGCCAACAAGGUCAACAGGGCCAGCAAGGUCAACAGGGCCAGCAAGGUCAACAGGGCCAGCAAGGUCAACAGGGCCAGCAAGGCCAACAGGGCCAGCAAGGUCAAUUUGACCAGCAAGGUCAAUUUGACCAGCAAGGUCAAUUUGACCAGCAAGGUCAAUUUGACCAGCAAGGUCAAUUUGGCCAGCAAGGUCAACAGGAUUGGUCAGGUCAACAGGGCCAGCAAGGUCAACAGGAUUGGUCAGGCCAACAGGGUCAGCAAGGUCAAGUGGGCCAGCAAGGUCAACAGGAUUGGUCAGGCCAACAGGGCCAGCAAGGUCAACAGGAUUGGUCAGGCCAACAGGGCCAGCAAGGUCAACAGGGCCAAAGGAGCCAACAGCUACAGACCAGCUGUGUCAUACCUGUAUUGAUGCAGGGGCAGUGGUAUUCAUACGAGAAUGGUGCAGACAAUUAUCACACCAUAGAGGAGCGUGAUAUGAGCGACAAGGGCCAGUGUAUAGACAUGAAAUAUCGUGACAGCGAUGCGGUCUACAGAAACUUCUUCCUGUUUGACAAUGGGAAGUGCAAGACAUGUGUGGCAUUGUACUAUAGGACACAGAACGUUCUAGAGAAAAAAGAAACAACGUGUCAGCGGUCAGAUAAGGAACUGUCGAUGGAAUACCUAUGCAGUGAGAUUGCAUCUGAGGGCUUGACGCUUGCCACCAUGUUUGGUGGACCGUACUGAUCAGCCGCUGCUGAUGACUAAAUCUAGGACUGCCUCCUGCAAUGAGUUGCGCAAUGCUCGUGAAGGAUACGAGAUGCUUACACUUAGGCAAGUGAAAUCGGAGACGGUUGAGCCCGGAUGCAAGUUCCCGGACAACUACACCGGCCGCUGGGUGAACACGGCCAAUUACAAUUCGGGGGUGAAGAUCAACUCGACGACGGUACAUGAGCACAGUAGACCCGACCAGGGCCCCGCUGAGGAUAUCUAUCUCGUCUGCAAGGAGUCGCGUGACAGCAGAUACAUGGUUGCCAAGCUGGGCGUCGGCGGAUGUCAAGUGGAUUACAUAUGCAUAGAUUUUCUUACUCGCCAUCACAAUGUGAUUCGUUGGCGGCAGGGGCGGGCAUUUCCUAACCCUGACUUCCGUGCAGUGUGCGCUUGGUCCUCAUUCAACAACAACCCUCACUGGAGAUACAGCACCUACCUAUCAGCAAGUCCAUAUGCAGUGGAGUGUCCAAUCAGAGGCAAAUACAUAUUCAAGCAAGACGGUGAAUCACGGCUUACCACACGUAUCGGUCCGACGGCCCGGCCGUGGGAUCCCGAGGAAAAGUGCACCAUCUGGGAGUCGGACUUCCACAUUUGCGCCGAUGACCCUAACACGAUAAAGAUCGACGUGGAAAGAUGCAUGUCACUGGAUUACAGGGCCAGACCCGUGCAGUUCAAAUAUGAUAUCAUUGAUUAUAACCUGCAGUGUAUCGGCUAUUGGAAGGAGGACACCUAUUCGUUCCUGGUGACGUACGACAAAGAUGAUGCAUUCUCUAAAUACAGAUGCUGGUCCUAUCGCAGAGUCUCGUACAAUGAUAUCUACAUCUCCCGCUCGGCUCGCUCCGCCUGUGGUGAAUUCCAGAAGCCAUACAGCAACAGCUCACUAGAGGGCGUUAGUCUGCGGCUGAUUCUUUCGGAAAAUGAACGCAAAUAUGACAACUGUCCGUUGUUCUUCGAUGAUGGGCUGUCUCCCUGGAAGACGAAUCUUUUCCUCGAGUUUCUGAAUGGAGCGCCUUCUAUGCAUGUGAGCGAACCCGUUCUAAUGCUGUUGAUCACCAUUGCACUUCUUUCUUACUAAAUCCGUCCGUGUUCAGCAUUGAGUCACAUCUCAUAUCAGUGACAUCUGUAUGUAGAUAUGUACUAUCAUUUUCUGCAUAAAAUCUCAAGUGUGUAAUACUCUGGAGAAGUCAAUACUCCCUGGAAAGAUGAUCUCUGAGUGAUGCUAUGAUGCUCAAAGCUCGGAUGCCUUGGAAAAAAAUUGAUAUGAUAAGUGGCAGCUGCAACUAUAAACAGCAUAAUAAUUUCUUUGUGGAGAUUUGAGCUUCACAGAACACAAGAACAAUUAUCUUAUAUUCUGCCUUGUGUUUAGUUUUUAGUGGGAACGAUGAAGUUCGUGAACUGUCAUUUUUUAUUUGUCUUGCAAUGUCUUGUUCAUGUUUAAUGGGGGAAUAACUAUAGAUGGUGGAAGUCACAACACAAGCAGGCCUAUUGUCUGCACAGGGUUAAGCGUGUGACAUCUCUUUUAUUACUCUACACGAAUCUCACGUUUCAGCGUGCCGUAUUUGCGUGAAAUGACAAGUUUUAUCGAUUUUUUUACACUGUAUAUUUUGAGAUGUACCCGCUUGUCGAUAAAAGAUUCUGUGCUAUUAAAAUGUGGUUGUAUCAAGAGUAUUAUGUGAUGUACAAACUAUUUUACAAUGAAUAAAUGUUACAAUAUGUAAGCUGUAUAUUUUCUGUAAAAGCUUUACUGGAGCAAUGAUGUGCUCCGAUUGCAAUAAACUCCGAAAAUGAUCCGAAAGACUCAUAAUAAGUGUUAUACAGGUACAAUAAUUUCAUUAUACAUUUACACAUCUGAGCUUGGGUGUGAUGUUUUUAUAACAAACAAGAGAAAGUUUUAUUACUGGUGAUACUAGGCAAAAACUAAGGCUGUGGCAAGGUUGUGGAGUGAAGUGUGACGAUAGCUAUAACCUCUUGAAUUGUGGGAGUGUACUAAAACACAUAGAAAUCGUGACUUGGUAUGAUUGUGUGGCUAAGUUUCAUAGGUGGCUGCAUUGCCAUUUAUGUACAUUCGUGCAUUGCAUGCAGUGAUGCACUUAUACCUAUAGGCCUACCGGGUACUAGAAUAUUGGAGUUUUUUUGUUUUUACGAUUUUACCUGAUACUUUGUUGACUGCCAAUGUUUUAGUUUUCGAUUUGACUAUUAAUUUUAAUAAAAAACACAAUUGAAAAUCAUAACGUUACUUAUAAUGA